AUGCGUCAGAGUCUACGGCAAUUGGCAAAGUUGGGCCUCAAGGGGAAGCUCACAAAGCCCUCGCUAUACAAAAAGUCAGUACAUCCAAAAACUCCUGCUCGGACUAGGUUUGCGCCGUCUCCUACUGGCUACCUUCAUCUAGGGUCAUUACGAACGGCCUUGUACAACUAUCUUUUAGCAAAGAGUACCAACGGAACUUUUAUUUUGAGGCUCGAGGACACAGACCAAAAUAGACUUGUCCCUGGUGCAGAGCAGAAUAUUUAUGAAUCUUUGGAGUGGACGGGACUCAAACCUGAUGAAUCUCCUGUAGUUGGUGGAAAUUAUGGACCUUACCGUCAAAGCGAUCGUGCAGACAUUUAUAGAAAGUUCGCCGACCAAUUGAUAUCUACUGGCCACGCAUACAAAUGCUACUGUUCAAAGGAACGUUUAGCUCAUUUAAGAGAGACUGCAAUGCAAUUAAAACCACCUACCACUGUGACAUAUGAUCGUCGAUGUUUACACAACCCAGAAACAAGUGCAGAAGAUCUUCCGUAUACAGUUAGGUUUCGUUCACCAAGCAGUUAUGAUCUGUUCUCAGAUUUGCUUCAUGGGACUCUAAAUCUCCAGCCUCAGUAUAAUUUGAACGACCGGCGGUACGAUGAUUUUGUCAUUCUUAAACUGGAUGGAUUGCCUACUUACCACUUUGCCAACAUCGUUGAUGAUCAUUUGAUGAAAAUUACGCAUGUAAUACGAGGUGAAGAAUGGAUCACGUCAACUCCGAAACAUGUGGCGUUGUACCAGGCUUUCGGCUGGACACCACCUCAGUUUAUCCAUAUACCUCUUUUGACGUCUUUAGAAGACAAAAAGUUGUCAAAAAGACAGGGUGAUAUUGGGAUUUUAAGUAUGCGUGAGAAAGGUAUUCUCCCUGAGGCAUUGGUUAAUUUCUGUGCAUUGUUCGGAUGGUCCCCUCCACGGCCAGAAAAGUUCAAAACGACCAGCGAAAUAAUGACAUUACCUGAACUUGUAAAGCAGUUUUCUUUGGACAACUUGACAAAAGGCAAUGCGAAGGUUAACGAUUCCAAGUUAUAUUUUUUUAACAAGCAUCAUUUGACCACCAAGAUUGCUAAUCCAGAUGCAUUGAAUGAAAUUGUUGAUGAGUACUACUCCUAUUUUCAAAACUUGUAUCCAACAAUUUCAAAAGACUAUUUCAGGAAAUCGCUUAUCGCGGUUGGACCCAGCUUGACUACAGUUUAUGACUUGCAAUCAGUUCACUCGUACAUUUUUGAAGAUGUAAAGUACGAAAAGAUCGCGAAACGUGGUGAUUCAAACAUCAAGAGCAUACUUCAGUGCAUUAGAGAGAACGCAACAGAAUCACAUCCUUUCCCUACAGAUAAAGUUCUUAAUGCCAUUGCAGACAUUUCAAAAAAGCAAGUGUUUGAAGCAACAAGAUUUGCAUUAUCCGGGGGUGUGUCCGGUUUGACCAUUCCUGCGUUGAUUGAAUUGAUCGGCUAUGAUACAUACACAGAAAGGCUUGACAAGGCAAUUUCAUAUCUUAGUCAAAAUGAUGAAUGUAAAUAG